UUCCACCCCAUGACAAGAGCUUGAGUUAAACUGACAGUACAUGCAUUUCGAGUGUACUUCAGUUACAAGGCGAUCUUAAAAUAAGGUGACCAUAUGUGUUCUGUUCAGUCCUCGGUGCUGGCAGGUUAAAUUGUCAGAGGAGUUGCCUGUGGACACAAGGUGCAACAUCCUCAGGCCGGUACAACGGAUCAUACUAUAGGGCUUGUCAACAGCAGCGAGGCCAGGACGGGUAGACGCAUGUACCAGCAAAAGUGACGCUUUAAGGCGACUGAAAGUUGAACGGGGUUGGAUUGCGCCCCUUUGGGAUUUCGUCACAUGGUCGGAGAACAUCAUGACGUCAUAGCAUGAAUUCGUGGCGUCUGUUUGUACAGUUGGAAAUGGCGCUUUUCUAUAAUGGCUGAACAUAUCUUGUUUUGAAAGUUGUCAGCAUCCACGACAAUGUGCAUCGACCAUCCUGAAGUAUAUAGUAACCGGUGAAGAGGAAGUCAAGUAAAAGGUCAUUGAACUAGCUAAGACAAGGUAUUGGUCAUCACGAGAGAAAGAGAUAAGAGUGACAUCAAAUAGAUUUCUGUUUAGCGUCACCACAACUGAGAAGUUGUUUUCGAGUUUAAAUUAAACGUUGUUCAGUGCAUACGUCGGUAAGCUUAAAUACCAAGACGAUACUUACGUUUGGCUUGUUCACUUCAAAAUGAAGGAACUCGCAGAGAAAGAUGUUGAGCAGUAUCUUUUGAACAAUCCAAAGUUUGUUAAGGAGUGGUUGAGCAAACAUGGUAAAGGCGUGGAACCAUGCGGCGCAAAGCCAGCAACGUCAGAGCCCGCUUCAGAUGCGAGGACAAAAAAUAUAUUCAAAACUUACGUGGAGGGAUUUAAAAAAGUGCGUACAAUUAGACGGCCAAAUAUUCUACAGAUGGAAGAAAAAGAGUUGUUUAUGGAACUCAUCAGAGACAUUGCUAGUGAAUUAGAUGUUAAUGUUCUGUGCCACAAAAUUCUUCAAAACGUAAGCACACUCACGAAGUGCGACAGAGGUAGUCUCUUCUUGUCACGCGGUACCAAGGACAAUCGUUACUUGGUCUCCAAGCUCUUUGAUGUAACACGGACUUCAACUCUAGAGGAAUCAGUGGUGGCAGAGGGAACAGAAAUAAAAGUGCCUUUUGGGAGAGGAAUUGUUGGACAUGUGGCCCAAACAAAAGAAACCGUAAACAUCAAAGAAGCUUAUGAUGACCCUAGAUUUAACAAAGAUGUUGAUAAGAAAACUGGCUACAGGACACACAGUAUCUUGAGCAUGCCAAUAUGUAAUUAUGAGGGAGAGGUAAUUGGUGUUGCCCAGAUCAUCAACAAGGUUACAGGUGACCAUGAAUUCACUACAAAUGAUGAACAGGUGUUUAGUCAGUACUUGACAUUUUGUGGAAUCGGAAUUACAAAUGCACAGCUGUUUGAAAUGUCUGUUCAAGAAUUUCAAAGGAAUCAGAUGCUACUGACUUUGGCAAGAGGUAUCUUUGAAGAACAAGCAAACUUGGAAAAUUUGGUCCAGAAGAUUAUGAUUGAAGCACAAGACUUACUCAAAUGUGAACGCUGUACUGUAUUCCUAACUGAUGAAAAGCAAGAGAUGAAAUUUCAAGAUGAGGAAGCAGAAGUGAAGAAAGAAACACAAAAGAUUGAAACACCAGAGAAAGAACAUCAAGAAAACAGAGAAAUUGAAAAGGAAGUGUGCUUUGUGAAGGGUUUUGAUCUCUUUGCUAAGGAAAAAGGCAGCAUUCACGUACAAAGCUCUGCAGAGAUAGCAAAGGCCAAAAAUGUGGAGAUUGCUAAGUUUGUGGUCCGCAAAGGAACAUUUGUAAACAUUGAAGACUUAGAAUCCGAUGAUAGGUUUGGAAAAGGACCUUUUGUUGAAGAAAGUGGAUUCCAAACCCGAAGUAUUUUGUGCACACCCAUUUUUAACAGUGAGAAAAGGAUUAUAGGAGUGACGCAACUGAUCAACAAGCAGAAUGGAACACCAUUUAAUGAAAAUGAUGUUAAUAUCAUUGAGGCAUUCUCUAUUUUCUGUGGCUUGGGUAUUCAUAACUGUACCAUGUAUGAAAAUGCAUGUAAACUGAUGGCAAAACAGAAGGUGGCUUUGGAAGUGUUGUCAUUCCAUGCUUCAGCUCAAAAUGAGAAUAUUGGAAAAUUUGUGUCAUCCUCCAUACCGUCAUCAAAGGAUUAUCAUCUUUUGGAGUACUCAUUUGACGACUUUCCCCUGUCUGAUGAUGACACCAUUAAAGCAACAAUGAGAAUGUUUAUGGACUCUGGUGUGAUAUCAGAAUUCAGAGUUCCCACAAAUGUAUUGGUCAGGUGGAUAUGUAGUGUUAAAAAGAACUACCGCCCUGUGACAUACCACAACUGGCGACAUGCGUUCAAUGUGACACAAACAAUGUUCUGUAUGUUGUUGGUCGGGGGAAUAGUUAAACUAAUGGACCGUCUGGAAACAUUUACUUUGUUGGUUGCCUGCCUCUGUCAUGACUUGGAUCACAGAGGAACGAACAACGCAUUCCAAACAAAGAGUGAUUCCCCUCUGGCUAUGUUGUACGGAACAUCCACAAUGGAGCACCAUCACUUUGACCAUUGCAUUAUGAUCCUGAACAGUGAGGGCAAUAACAUCUUUGCCUCACUGGGUCCUGAAGACUAUCGCAAAGUCAUUCAGAUGUUAGAGCAUGCCAUUUUGUCUACAGAUCUUGCACUAUACUUCAAGAAAAGAGGCAGCUUUAAACAACUCAUAGAUAAGGGUGAAACAGACUUCAAAAAUACUGAGCACAAGGAUCUAUUGAAGGCUAUGAUGAUGACAGCAUGUGAUGUUGCUGCUAUCUGUAAACCUUGGGAAAUUCAAAAGAAAAUUGCACACCUGGUCGCAGGGGAAUUCUUUGAACAAGGUGACAUCGAAAAGGAGAAGCUGAAGCAGCAGCCAAUUGCAAUGAUGGACAGGAAUAAAAAAGAUGAAUUACCGAAAAUGCAGGUUGGCUUCAUAGAUGCCAUCUGUAUUCCAGUUUAUCAGAUGUUUUCCGUGGUAUCAGAAAAUUUAAAACCAUUGUAUGAUGGAUGCAGUGAUAAUAGAACAAAUUGGCAAAAAUUGGCUGAUGAACAUGAACGAAAGCUUUUACAGAGCACACAGGACUAUGAACAGGCAGAAGUAACACGUAGGCAGUCCUUAAAACAGAAUGGAAAAACAGACAAAAAUGAUCAGAAGUCGGAUCGAUCAACAAAAAAUAAGAGGCCACCAGAAACUUCACAAAAGUCAGAGGAAAAAGUUAAAGCAACAAGUAACUUCUGCUCAGUUUUGUGAUCUUCACGAGAUCCUGAAUGAUGACAGUUUACAUGAAGUUUGUAUUACACACUUCUGUUAUCUACAUGUACUUGCGAUACAAUCUGUGAAACAGACCUGCAUUUAAAAAGAAGUGAUAUAGCAUGUUAAUGCUUGGACAAAUAUAAAUAAUGCAUAAACGGUGAUGGUGGAUUAAAUGGUCAUUUCUGCAGUAAUGGUGAAAGCAUAUAAGAUCAGUGCAAUUUGUUCAGAAACAAUGCUUGAUAAAACUUGCAUUGGCACAUUCACAAAGAAUUUUUCUGUUAUUUUCCAAAGAAAGAGGCAGAAAUGACAUUUCUGAAUCAUAUUGUACGUUCUGACAAGAUGCAUAUUGCUUACAGAGUUUUGUCUUAUGAAAAACAAAAUGCACGUUUCAGUAGUAUACAUAUAUGAGACACCUGGGUCAAAUACACAUCAAUAUUUUUUGACACUGGUUAUAUGGGAUGAUGCAGUUUUAUGUAAAGCCAUUUGACCACUAUUCACUCUAACAAGAGAACUAAUCCUGCUGCUACUACAUCAUGUUGUCAGAUUAGUAUUUUAAAAUGGUAAAACUGUUACAAUAAUAUAGCUCUGGAAUUCCAAAAAAUAUUUUCUUCUUGAGCUACAUGAAUAUCAUCUGAAACUUUUCAACCUUUUCCUGGGAAAAUUUCAUUUGCUUGGAAUAUGUUCAGUCUCCCAGAUUUGGCAAAUUAUUACUGAUGUUAUCAAAUUCAGCAGGCAGACACAUCUGUAUGUUGUACAAAAAUUUGUAUUAUUUUUGUGAAUAAGUAGGUAUUUUAGAUUACUCAUUUCAUGUUGGGUAAACAGGUCCUUUUCUGUGACAGUUUGUGCAUUCUGAAUCUUUGUUCCUGUAUAGUACCAACUUCAGCACAUAUAUUUCUCCUGAACAGCCGGGAAUGAUUUGCAUUGACCUGUCAUGGCUUAAGUUAUACAGUUGGAGAGACUUCCAUUGUAAUGUAACAUACCAUAGUAGAUAUAAGUCAGAGAAUUCAAGAGUAUAUGCAGUAAAUGUUACUGGUGGGACCAAAAGGUGUUUUAAUGUGAUUGUUGCUCAGCUAUCAUAGUCCAUUCAUCAGAAGGAAGCUCUGCGGAUUUGAAUAUCAAACGUGUACAUGUAUCAAGUAUACUGUAUUAAUGUACCAACAGCAUCAUCAAAGGCUGGGAAACUUUAACUAACCACUGCUGUUACAGUUUCAAUGGUUGUCCAUUUGAUACAUAUUUUAUUGUUCAUUGUUUUUUCUCUAUACUUUUACUUCAGAAUCAUCACAAAAAGCAAGUAUGUGUGAUAUUAGUAAACAGAUAAAUUGUUUUGAUAUUUAGUGCUCUGACUCGGCAGGGGUAUCAGAAGUCACUAGGAGAUUUUUCCUGUUAAUUUUCAAUGUGCAUUUAAAACGUCAGAUAUUUACACGCAUAAUUGUUCUUCAAGUCAAUGCUGUAUCAG